UUUAAUUUGACGCUGGUGCACCUUCUGCAGGCCUUCUAUUCAAUUUGCAAGAGUUUACAGCGAGCAUCACAACGAUAUCCAGAAGUAAACAAGGCUCGCAUUUUGACUGGUUGACCUCAACCCUUAAUCCAGUCUUUUUACGACCGAGAUUUUCAUCAUUAUGCGCUUGAUCAAUACUGAAACGUUGAAGUUGGAGGAAUUUUCAGAUGAUAAACCUCCCAGCUAUGCUAUUCUAUCGCAUACUUGGGGCCCUGACUUUGAAGAACUCACCUUCUCUGAUGUUAAAAACGGAAUAACCGACAAGCCAGGCAUCGGGUCGAUCAAGUUUCGAGAGUGCUGUAAGCAGGCGAAAGCGAAUUCAAUUAAUUACGCUUGGAUCGACACCUGCUGUAUCGAUAAAGCUAAUUUGGUAGAGCUUGGCGAGGCGAUCAAUUCCAUGUUCAGAUGGUAUAGCCUCGCUACAGUCUGCUACGCCUAUUUAUCUGAUGUUCCUGACGGCGAUGAUCCCUCCGAUCAAGCAUCCAAAUUUCGGACAAGUCGGUGGUUUAAGAGAGGAUGGACUUUGCAAGAGCUUCUUGCGCCUAAGCACUUGCGGUUUUACAAUUCAAACUGGCAUUGCAUAGGCACCAAGGGGAGCAGAAGCACUCUCAUCCAGGAAAUCACCCAGAUACCGCGCCAGUUUAUACUAGGUGUUGCUGAAUUGCACACUGCCAGCGUUGCGCAGCGCAUGUCCUGGGCUGCGCGAAGAGAAACCAAAAGGGCUGAAGAUCUUGCAUACUGUCUGUUAGGAAUAUUCGGCAUAACAAUGCCAAUGAUAUAUGGCGAGGGUGGCAAGGAGGCCUUCUUUCGACUGCAAGAGCAGAUUAUGAAGACGACCCGAGAUGAUUCUAUCUUGGCAUGGGGCCUACACAAAGACUCGUCAAUAAGCAACUUUCAAAAAUUCGUUGGUGGAGAUAUGUUCAUUUACGGUGACAUAUUGGCAGCCGCUCCGUCGGAUUUUGAAAAUUCUGGGCAUAUUGUCACUCGGGAGCAGGCUACAAAUCCCUUGCACUCACUUGAUAUUUUUGGCGGCAGCCUUCGCGUCUAUUUGCCGCUGCUUACUAUUGACAAUACCAGUGAGACUUUUGGGCUGCUCAGCUGUGGGCCAAAGCUUGAUACACGACAAGUAACUGCUAUCCCUCUUGCCAAAAUAACGUCUGCGGCAGCAAAUGAAUAUGUGAGGCCAAAGGGAGCUUCUGCAAUUCUUCAUCCGAAGCCUUCAUCCGAUGUUUUACCUGAGCUUAUUCACGUCAAGAAAGAUGGCCAAAAAAACAUAUCGACGAAGAAUCAGCAAUAUCUGUUUUAUGAUGAAGACGUAUUUGCCAAAAUUGGUUUGGUUAUAAUUGAUGUGGUACCCCGGGCCUGCUGGGAUGAUCAACUGACCCUAAUUUCGCAAACAAAUAUUCUCAAUAACAACGAUCCUGGCCAAAUAUUAAUCCGAUUUCGUCAAAACAAAGAACAGUCUCUCGAUUUUGUAAUAGUAAUCGACUUCCAUCAGCCAAAUUCUCGCACAGACCAACUAUGUUGCGUUUUUACAUGCCACAGAAAGACUGCGCUGGAUGAAAUAGCCGGAAAGUUUGACCGAAAGACACUAUUGGCACUCAGACAGGCAAAUGCCAGUAACGAACAUGUCCACCUACGCAUUGAACUUGAGCCUAUGGAAGGGAAUAUAACCUCUAUCACACCCAAAGCAAUGGCCAGCCCGUCAAGCUAUACUAUUAACGCAACAAUGGCGUUAGAAAACUUGGAUACAGUGCUAGUGUCAACCAGGCUGCUGUGGGAAAGGAAGAAAAACGAUACAUACAUAAAGGAGCUGAGCCAAAGAGCUGAGGAUAUCAAGAGUCGUUUAGGAUACAUUGAGGAAGAGCGAGGGGCGAUAGAGGGUGAAGUCAAACAACUUAAAGCGAAAAAGAGAUUACUUGUUAAAGAACAACAAAAAAAAUUUCAAGAGAUGCAGCGUUUAGAGGAGAAGCAAGGACAUAUGAGAAAGAGACAAAAUGAGAUAGCCGAACGGGUGGUAUAUAAGAAGAAGCGGCUGAAUGAAUAUUACCAUACCAAAGGCUGUGAAGAUGGCUGGACACAGUUGCAUUCAGCCAUGGAGAUUGAUGAUAUGGAUAUAAUGAAUCUGCUAUUCGAUGGGACAACCGAUAUUAUAGCUGCAGACAAGCGAUGGGCACGGUGGAUUACAGCUUCGAGAAAAGGAAAUGUCGAUGAAAUUCGAUCGCUUCUCGACACUGACGAGACUGAGCUUGAGCAUAAAGACGGCAUAUUUGGGCGGACACCACUUGCUUGGGCAAGUAUGAAUGGCCAUCGAGAUGUCGUUAAGCUGCUUCUCGACACGGAAAAGGUGGAUAUUCACUCGGAAGAUAAAUAUGGAGGGACGCCACUGCGCUGGGCCUUGGAGAGAGGAUACUACAACAUAGUACAACUGAUGCUCCCAAGAGACAAGCCUGACUUUCUACGCAAACUCCGUGGUCAUAUUGACUUUGUUUGUUCAGUUGCCUUCUCGCACGAUUCGAAAUUAUUAGCGUCAGGGUCAGAGGAUUUCACUGCUAAGCUCUGGGAUAGCACAACUGGUGAAUGCCUAAACACGCUCCAAGGUCAUAACCAUAAUAUUGAGUAUGUUGCCUUCUCGCAUGACUCAAAAUUGGUAGCAUCAGCGUCAUAUGAUAAGACCAUCAAGCUAUGGGAUAGCACCACUGGUAAAUGCUUACACACAUGCCAAGGUCAUAGUGGUGGUAUCCAAUCAGUUACCUUCUCGCAUGACUCGAAAUUGGUAGCAUCAGCGUCACUGGAUAGUACCAUCAAGCUCUGGAAUAGCACAACUGGUGAAUGUCUGAAUACAUUCCAAGGUCAUAAUGGUUCUGUUUAUUCAGUUGCCUUCUCGCAUGACUCGAAGUUAGUAGCGUCGGGGUCAGGUGAUAGUACCAUCAAGCUAUGGGAUAGCACAACUGGUGAAUGCCUACAUACAUUCCAUGGUCAUAGUAGCAUAGUUUGUUCUGCUGCCUUCUCGCACGACUCGAAAUUGGUAGCAUCAGCGUCAUGUGAUACGACCAUCAAGCUCUGGGAUAGCACAACUGGCGAAUGCCUACAUACAUUCCUUGGUCAUAGUGACUUUGUUUGUUCAGUUGCCUUCUCGCACGACUCGAAAUUAAUAGCGUCAGGGUCAGAGGAUGGCAUUGCCAAGCUAUGGGCUAGCACAACUGGUGAAUGCCUAUACACGCUCGAAGAUGGUUAUGUCGGACAUUGUUCAGCCCCCUUCUCGCAUGACUCGAAGUUAUUGGUAGGAGUAGGAGGUAAGGAUAUCUUAAUCUGGGAUAUAUCAAUAGUGCAUGAUCUCGUUACCAGCUCAUGGUAUCAGGAUUAUUCUGCGGCUAGAGCAAAGGAAAUACCCCAAGAGAAGAGCGAAAAGGAAAUUGAAACCGGUAUUAAAAAUGGAUAGUCGAAUGGUUAAAGAAUAGUAUAUGGAGGAUAUGAUGCUGCUUCCGCUUCAGAAAACACGGAAAGAUUAAGGGGGUGAAAUAUCUUCGCUACACAGAACGCAUGAAGCGAAGGUAGGGCGUUAAAUAGCCAUUUCAUCGCCUAGUUAUCAAGAUAUAAGAAAAUGUGGAAGCAGUAGAGGCAGUGUUGCGCACUACGUCUCUAUGAACGUAUAAAAUUAAACUCUAGAAGCAAUGAUCGAGAAUUGGCCACCUGUUAUAGCUAUUUGGAUAAAAAUACUUCUUUAUUUUGCACUAUCUGG